AUGCUCAAUUGCCAUUCUCUUUCAUUAGCAACUUACAACGCUUUAUUUGAAAUUUUGGUAGAAUUAUUUUGUCCAGAAAUUUAUUCUGUAAGACGUGAAGAUUUGCCAAUAGAAAAUACAAGAUUUGAAAAUCCUCAAAUUUUAAAAGUUGUUGCACAAUUGCUAAUUCAAAGUGAAGAAUCGAGUGAAACAUUGAGAGUCAAAAAAAUUUUUCUUCAAGAUUUGAAAAGACAUUGCAAAGCUUGUAGUGAGAAUAAAAGAAUAAUACUUCAAAUGAGUGUUUGGCAAGAAUGGCUAAUUUCUCUAUCUUAUAUUUACCCAGAAAAUGAAGAACAAAAGAAUGUUUCUGAACUUGUUUUUCAACUUUUCUCAAUUCUUUCAUUUCAUGCUAUUCGUUUUAAAAAGGAUGGUUGGAGAGUUUGGGUUGAUACAAUGGCAAUAGCUCAUUCAAAAGUUUCAUGGCAAAAAUAUCGAAAGACUCAAAAACAAGAAGAAGAUGCUAGAAAAAAAUUGGGAGAAAAUUUAACUAAAAAUGAUCAAUCGUCUUCUUCUGGUGGAGGAGUAUCAUCACUUUAUAGAACCCAAGAUUUUGUUUGGUCACAAGUACAAAUUCAAUUUUUAAAUGAUUUGUUGAUGUCAAUACGAGCUGUGUUCGCCAAGUCCAAUUGCUGAUUAUUUAAAUAAUUCGGAUAAUCAAUUGUUCAUUACCAAUACUGUCCUUUUAAAUCAAAUCAACCAAAAAACUAUAUUAUGUGGAGAUUUUAACAUUAGACACAUAAACUGGUAUUCUAACGAAAUAAUUGACAAUUAUGACAAGAUCGCGAAUAUUUUCAUAGAGUUUAUAGGUCAGAAUCAAUUAAAACAACUUGUUACUGAACCAACUAGGGAAAAUUCAAUCCUGGACCUAGUACUUACAUCUGAUUC